AUGCCGAUGACCGAUCGUAGCCCAACGGCGGGCUUAUCUAGCGCAGUGACACCGCGUACAGUAUCCGACUUGGCGGCUUAUAAACGACGGCGCGGAAUGGUGAAGGGCUCGUGCACGCGCAUGGAAACGUUUUUAAACGACAUAGAUACAUUAACCGACGAUGCCCGGGCGCAAGUAGAAAUUCGGCAAGCUCGCUUAGAAUCAUUCUGGGAGGAUUACUGCAAAAUACAAACGCAGAUCAAAAUGAUCGAUGAGGAGGAAGUGACCGAUAGAAUCGCGUUCGAAGAGAUGUUCUAUUCAUUGUGCGCGAGAUUUCGUCGACUUCUAAACAGCGAUAAUACAUCGGGCGCGCGAAGAGGUUCCACGCAGAGUGCAACAAGAGCCGAUAACGAGACUAUAUCUCAUGUACGCUUGCCAAAAAUCAAUUUGCCUACUUUUUCGGGAAGAUACGAUGACUGGUUCCCAUUUCGAGAUACUUUCGUAACAAUAAUCCAUAACAAUACAUCGUUGAGCGACAUUCAACAAUUUCAAUAUUUGCGGGCAGCGUUAACGGACAAGGCACUUGACAUUGUAAAACCGUUAGAGAUCUCCGAAAACAAUUACGACCUUGCGUGGAGCCUCUUAAAGGAGCGAUAA